AUGAAACGAUCAGCGGCACCAAGUCAGAUUGGCACAGCCGGUGAGGCUAAACGUCAAAAAUUUGUAUCGCCUGCAACUCGACCGUAUGGAACUGAUGAAAGUGAAAGAAGUCGACCGUGUCUAAAUCAAAUAAUUGGACAUUCUGCUUUGAAUUCGUCAAUGAUACGCCAGCCAGUGAAGAAUGUUUCAUUACAAGGUCCGUUAGCGACUUCCCACCAGCGAGUGCCGCGUUUAUUUAAUAAUGUUAUUCGAAAU